GAUGAAAAGUCGUUUGUCAGUAACAUAUAUGUCAUUGUCACUAAAGUGCUAUUUAUAUAUCUUCCUUCUGAAUAGAGCAUGAUAUGCCAAUAAAGAUCAGCAUGGAUGAUGCCUUAGAAUCAAAUUGGGUUCUGAAAGCAUGUGUUAUCGUUGUUUUGAUGAUUGGUAUUCUUGGCAAUUGGAAACUAGCUGAAGGAAAUAAUGAACACGCAGGAAGAAAAAUUGUUGAUCAUGUUCCUGGAUUCAUAAGCAUUGAUUGUGGAUCAACCAACGAUUACGCGGAUGAAGACACUGGUAUAUCUUACAAGUCAGAUACAGGUUUUGUAGACACUGGGACAAAUAAUGUCAUAUCCCCUGAACACUACUCUUCAAAUACUGUUUACGGGCGGCAAUUAAUUAAUGUGAGAAGCUUUCCCCAAGGAAAAAAGAAUUGUUACACCCUCAAACCCGAACAAGGGAAAAGCAGCAAUUAUCUCAUCAGAACUUUCUUCCAUUAUGGAAACUAUGACAACAAGAAUGAAGUUCCCAAGUUCGACGUAUAUGUUGGGGUUAAUUAUUGGACCACAGUUGAACCCACUAAUUUAUCACCGACAUAUCGUCCUUCUAUGUUUUAUGUUCCAACGUCUGACAUCAUACAUGUAUGUUUGAUAAACACGGGAUCUGGAAUACCUUUCAUUUCGGCCUUGGAGUUACGUCCUUUGGACAAGUCCCUUUAUCCAUUUGACUCCGGAGUGCUACAAAAUGGCUUGCGAUAUGACAUGGGCUCCACAACUGAUAAGGUGUUUGUCAGGAACUUAAGCUCAAGCCAAUUAACAGGGGAGAUACCGAUUUGACUCUCCAACCUCACAGCACUACUUUACUUGGAUCUAUCAUACAAUAAAUUGACUGGGAACAUACCACAAUUUUUAGCACAAUUGCCAAAUUUGAAGACUCUUAAUUUAAGUGGAAAUAAGCUUGAUGAUUCAGUUCCAGAGGCUCUUAUACAAAAGUCUAGGGAUGGAUCAAUGAUCUUGAGUCUUGAGAAAAUGUCGGAUCUUUGUCUCUCGGGUCCAUGUACGAAAAAGGAGAAGAAACAGAAAAAGGAGCUUUUUGUUGUGACAAUUGUUGCAACAUCCGCAGUAGUUUUGGUUCUCCUGUUCUUUUUUUGUGCCCUGACUAUCAAUAAAAGGAAAAGACAAGAUAUGACUACAAGAUCCAACUUCAAAUUGAAGAGUCCGCAAUAUAACUACUCUGAGGUUGUGAGAAUAACUAAUAACUUUAAGACCAUUAUUGGAGAAGGAGGUUUUGGAAAAGUAUAUCUAGGCAUCUUGAAUGAUCAAACUCAAGUUGCUGUUAAGUUGCUUUCUCCAUCAUCAAAGCAAGGUUAUAAGGAAUUUCGAGCAGAGGCACAACUUUUAAUGAUAGUUCAUCAUAGAAACUUAGUCUCUCUCGUUGGGUAUUGUGAUGAGGGUGAAAACAAAGCGCUCAUUUAUGAGUACAUGGCUAAUGGCAACAUACAACAACAUUUAUCAGUGACCAAUAUAAAUGUCUUGAAUUGGAAUCAGAGACUUCAAAUUGCAGUGGAUGUAGCGCACGGGUUGGAGUAUCUACAUAAUGGUUGCAAGCCACCUAUAAUCCAUAGAGAUUUGAAGACCUCCAACAUCUUAUUAAAUGAAAACAUGCAAGCAAAGAUAGCUGAUUUUGGGUUGUCUAGGGCUUUUGCAACUGAAAAUGACUCUCAUGUGUCCACUGGUCUAGCUGGUACACUAGGGUAUCUCGAUCCUGAGUCUCAAGCAUCUGGAAAAUUAAAUAAAAAAAGUGAUGUUUAUAGUUUUGGUAUUGUUCUAUUUGAGAUAAUCACCGGUCGUCCAGCAAUAAUGAGAAAAAGUGAAGAAAGCACUCACAUACUUGAUUGGGUUUAUCCUGUGAUUGAAAGUGGGGAUAUUGGAAGCAUAGUUGAUUCAAGAUUACAUGGAGAAUUCUCCACCAAUUCUGCCUGGAAAACUGUGGAGAUUGCCAUGUCAUGCACACCGUCAGCUGCAAUCCAAAGGCCAGAUAUGAGUCAAGUAUUGGUAGAACUAAAGGAAUGUUUGGCGCUGGAGAUGGCUCAUGGAAGUAGCCAAACAAUGGCAACUGAGGCCAAUGAAAUAUACUCUAUGGAGCUUCAAUCAGAUAUUGCUGCCCUGGUUAGGUAGUUAUACUAAACAAAAACUUUGUGGUAAGAAGCUCCGUCUAUGCAAAUAUGACAAAUUAUAUAAUAAUUCAUUUGUGUUUAAAAACUUCUUAUAUACUUAAUUAUUUCAUGUUUCUCACCAUUUUUCAGUUAAGUUCAAGUGAUGUAUUAUAAUGUAUUUUCAUAGCUUUUGAUGGGCAUAUUAGAUACAAUGAUGCAUAAUUUUUGUGGUGAAUGAAUUAUUAUUAUUAUUAUUAUAUGCAAAAGAUAAUUUUUUCUUAA